AUGCCUCAAGAAUAUAAUGUGGAAUCCUUUCUGUCAACUAAGCAGUUGAAUCACCAAUCAGUUUCUUUGAUCAUUCCAAGACUUACUCGAGAAAGGAUUCACAAUGCUAUGUAUUAUAAGACUAACCUGAAUACCGUGGCAAUGCGAGGUGAUACGAUGAACAGUCUUGCUAAGGUCAUCGUGCGCGAUUUGGGAACCCUAACAGAAAAGUCGAUAAAUCAAGCAAAUAUCUUGGGUGGUGUGGAGUUUAAUUGCCUUCUGAUGAAAAUGGUUGAACUACGACCAACCUGGGAACAACUAUCCAUAAUGCUACAGGGUGAUAAUACCCAAAUUUUCAAUAAUAAAUACAUAGUGGCAUUAGUAUUGACAUAUUUAAGAAUUCAGUAUUUCUUUUUGCAGAAAGAUGAUGCAUUGGCGAAAGAUCUCAGGAAUACAUUCAGUGAAAGACUAAAUGACUAUAGAAAAUUGAAAAGUGUUUCAAUGAAUAUGGAUUGCUGGUCACUGUCACAGCGACCGGAGAUUUCUAUUGUGCAUAUGGAUGAGCUGGUCGAGUGGCUCGCAACCCAAAGGGAAAUUUGGGGGAUACCACUCGGUAAAUGUCAAUGGUGUCAAAUAUUCGAAGAGGACAACGUUAGCACUGAAGAUGAAAGUGAAAGUGAAAGCGAGAGUGGGAGUGAAAGUAGGAGUGAGAGUGAAACUGAUUGA